AUGAGUGAAGACGUAUCAGCUUUCUUGGCUAGCAAAAAAGAGGAGGAUCCGGCCGAAGAAGUGGAGAAUCCUGAAGAAGAAGUCAAAGGAGACUGGAAAGCUGUGGACUUGCCUGAAGUGGAAGUUGUCACUGGAGAAGAGAACACAGACUGUAUCUUCAAAACCCGAGCCAAACUAUACAGAUGGGCUGAAGAACAAUGGAAAGAAAGAGGCACAGGCGAUGUUAAGCUGAAUCGUAAUAGAGAAACAAGAAGGAUCAGCUUCGUAAUGAGACAGGAUAACACUAAAAAAGUGGUUGCGAAUUUUAUAUUAGAAGAAGAUCCCCUAUGUAAUCUCGUGCAGCAUGCUGGAAGUGACAGAGCUUGGUUGUGGAUUGCCCACGAUUUCAGUGAAGGAGAAAGACAAAGGACAAAAUUCGCUAUGAGACUUGGAACACCUGAAAAAUCACAGGAGUUUAAGAAAGCUUUUGAUGAUGCAAAACAUUUCAACCAUUGUGUGAGAAACAGCUUGGAGUGUGUGGAAGCACCAGCUAUAGUGGAAGAAGUGACUAAUUAA